GUGUGUGUCAUGAAAAUGCACAUCGAGCUCGCUGUCAGCUGUCAAUUGCGCUGCCUUUCCGCAAGACCGAACCCGUCUGACACGCACGAACUUUCUUUUCGUUUCUGUCCGGAAUCACAAAUUUCGACAGAAAAUGUCUCGAAACCGUGCGGCCGAAGAGACGGACAAACAGACGCGUAUCGCAAUCGUCAGCUCGGACAAAUGUAAACCGAAGCGAUGUCGCCAGGAGUGCAAGAAAUCCUGCCCGGUCGUGCGUAUGGGCAAGCUCUGCAUCGAGGUGGCGAUGGACUCGAAGAUCGCCACACUCUCCGAGGAGCUGUGCAUCGGUUGCGGUAUCUGCGUGAAGAAGUGUCCGUUCGAGGCGAUCACCAUCAUCAACAUCCCAAGCAACUUGGACAAACACACGACUCAUCGCUAUUCGAAGAACUCGUUCAAGCUGCACCGUCUGCCGAUCCCGCGCCCGGGUGAGGUUUUGGGAUUGGUUGGCCAGAACGGUAUCGGGAAGUCGACGGCGCUGAAAAUUCUAGCCGGCAAGCUAAAGCCGAACCUCGGUCGCUAUUCCGAACCACCGGAUUGGACGGAUAUUUUGGGCUACUUCCGCGGUAACGAACUGCAGAAUUACUUCACCAAGAUCCUGGAGGAUAGUCUGCGUGCGCUGAUCAAGCCGCAGUAUGUGGAUCAGAUUCCGAAGGCAAUUAAGGGUACGGUCGGCGCGCUGCUGGAUAAGAAGGAUGAGCGCAAGAACCAGAUGGAAAUCUGUGAUUUGCUCGAUCUGACCCACAUUCGGGAUCGUGAAAUUCAGGCCCUGUCUGGUGGGGAGCUGCAGCGAUUUGCGUGCGCGAUGGUGUGCAUCCAGGACGGGGACAUUUUCAUGUUCGACGAACCCUCCUCGUAUCUGGACGUGAAGCAACGUUUGAAUUGCGCCAUGACGAUUCGCUCGUUGAUCCAUCCGGACAAAUUUAUCAUCGUCGUGGAGCAUGAUUUGUCCGUGCUGGACUAUCUGUCCGAUUUUAUCUGCUGUCUGUACGGAGUGCCCGGUUGCUACGGUGUCGUUACGAUGCCGUUCUCGGUCCGCGAAGGUAUUAACAUCUUCCUUGACGGUUACGUGCACACGGAAAACAUGCGUUUCCGAACGGAAUCGCUAACGUUCAAGGUGUCCGAAUCGGCGUCGGAAGAGGAGAUCAAGCGCACCUGCCACUACGUGUAUCCGAAGAUGAAGAAAAAGCUCGGCUCGUUCACGCUAACAAUAAACAACGGUCAGUUUAGCGAUUCGGAGAUUAUCGUGCUGCUGGGUGAGAAUGGUACCGGCAAGACUACGUUCAUCCGUAUGUUGGCCGGCAAUCUGGAACCGGAUGAGGAAUCGGAACCGCUGCCGGUGCUGAACAUUUCUUACAAACCGCAGAAAAUUUCUCCCAAAAGUCAAUCGACCGUGCGGUACCUUUUGCACGAGAAGAUUCGCGAUGCCUACAUCCAUCCGCAAUUCAUAGCUGACGUUAUGAAGCCGCUAAAGAUCGAGGAAAUCAUGGAUCAGGAAGUGCAGAAUCUGUCUGGUGGUGAGUUGCAGCGUGUAGCACUGGUGCUUUGUCUCGGCAAACCGGCCGACGUUUAUUUGAUCGACGAACCGUCCGCCUAUCUGGAUUCCGAGCAACGUCUAAUUGCGGCAAAGGUCAUUAAGAGAUAUAUUCUACACGCCAAAAAGACCGGAUUCGUCGUAGAGCACGAUUUCAUUAUGGCAACCUAUCUGGCCGAUCGGGUGAUCGUGUUUGAGGGUCAACCGUCGGUAGAUACGACAGCGCAUACACCACAAUCACUACUGAACGGUAUGAAUCGGUUCCUGGAGCUGCUGGAGAUCACAUUCCGACGCGAUCCGAACAAUUUCCGACCAAGAAUCAACAAGCUAAACUCGGUGAAGGAUGUGGAGCAAAAGCGUGCCGGACAGUACUUCUUCUACGAGGAACCUUAAGCCGUUGUCGACGGCAUCCAUAACAAUCGCAGAAAGAUGCUGCUGCUGCUGCUGGUGGAGCUUUCAUUUUAGACAACGUCAGUAUGUACUGGGAAGUGUAAUUGCAAUGGAGAACGUCUUCUCCAUUCGUUUGAUACAGGACCGAUUUUAAGUUUCAUAUUGCUUCCCUUCGUCGGCACGUUUCAGUAUACGUGCCGUGAGUGGUCAAACAACGCGACGCGAUAGCGAGUUUCUUUUUUUUUAGGCGCUAAACAACAAAAACGAAAAUGUAAUACAAGGGCGCCAAUCUAUACAUCUCUCCCUCUCUCUCUCUCUCUCUUUCUCUUGUUGAGCAGCUUGUUUCGUUACAACGUUACAACAAUAACGCAGGGUGUGAUGACGAAGGGUGGUUUUUGUUUUUAAAAUUCUUAUACAAGUUUUUCGUUUGAAGUGACUUUUGUUUUCUUUUCCAUACAAAUAAAUACGGAGUGUAAUUAUGUGGGAGAUCGAAACACAUAA